CAAGGAUGAACGCCAAUUUCCAAGAUGGCGGCGGAGGGAGGAGGGAAGGAGAUGAACGAAAUUAAAACUCAAUUCACCACACGGGAAGGCGUCUACAAACUCCUCACUCACUCCGAAUACAGCCGCCCGAACAGGGUGCCUUUCAACUCGCAGGGCUCCAACCCCGUCAAGGUCUCCUUCGUCAAUGUGAACGACCAGUCCGGCAACGGCGACAGGAUCUGUUUCAAUGUGGGCCGGGAACUCUACUUUUAUAUCUACAAAGGCGUGAGAAAGGCUGCCGAUCUUAGUAAGCCCAUAGACAAGAGGAUAUACAAAGGAACGCAGCCCACGUGUCAUGACUUCAACCCCAUCACAGCUACAGCAGAGAGCGUCUCCCUGCUGGUGGGUUUCUCAGCCGGCCAGGUGCAGCUCAUCGACCCAAUAAAGAAGGAAACCAGCAAACUCUUCAAUGAAGAGAGACUUAUAGACAAGUCACGAGUAACGUGUGUACGAUGGGUUCCUGGUUCAGAGAGCUUGUUCCUGGUGGCUCACUCCAGCGGCAGCAUGUAUUUGUACAACGUGGAGAACACCUGCGGCACCACGGCGCCUCACUACCAGCUCCUUAAGCAGGGUGAAAACUAUGCUGUGCACACCUGCAAGAGCAAGUCGGCUCGCAACCCAUUACUGCGCUGGACAGUGGGCGAAGGGGCGCUCAAUGAGUUUGCCUUUUCCCCGGAUGGCAAGUUCCUGGCUUGUGCGAGCCAGGAUGGCUUCCUGCGGGUGUUUGGCUUCGACGCCGCGGAGCUCCACGGAACAAUGAAAAGCUACUUUGGUGGCUUACUGUGUGUGUGCUGGAGCCCGGAUGGACGGUAUAUCGUGGCGGGUGGGGAGGACGACCUGGUGACUGUGUGGUCGUUUUCAGACUGCAGAGUGAUCGCACGGGGGCAUGGUCACAAGUCGUGGGUGAGUGUGGUGGCGUUUGACCACUGCACCACCAGCGUUGAGGACGGUGACCCCCCUGCUGAGUUCAGUGGUAGUGACGAGGAGUUCCACGAGCAGAUUCACUUUGGUGCGGGCAGAGACAGAGCGAACAGCUCUCACUCUCGGCUCUCUAAGAGAAACUCUACAGACAGUCGGCCUGUUAGUGUGACCUACAGAUUCGGCUCAGUGGGACAGGACACCCAGCUGUGUCUGUGGGACCUAACGGAGGACAUCCUCUUCCCUCACCUCCCUCUGUCCCGCACUAGGACUCACACUAAUGUUAUGAGUGCCACAAGCCCUCCAGCCACUGGACAAACUACGACUACUACUACAAGUACUACUACUGCUACUGCUACUACUGUAUCCACCACUAAUCCCAGUGGCACUAAUGGUAAAGACAAUGGGAGCAAUAGUAGCACCAGUGGCAACCCAGCUAACUCCCUCCCCAACACCCUGCCUCGGUCCAACAGCUUGCCACACUCCUCCAACCCAACAGGGGGCAGCACGCCCAACAGUCACACCGGCAGCAGCAGCAACAGCAGCAGCACCAAGGGCAACAGCAUCAUCGACAGUGCUUUCAUUGCCACCGGCGUCAGCAAGUUCGCAACGCUGUCGCUACACGACUCGCGCAAGGAGCGCCACGAGAAGGACCACAAGCGAAACCACAGCAUGGGCCACAUCAGCAGCAAGAGCAGUGACAAGCUCAACCAGCUCAGCUCGUCGCGGACGGCAAAAGCGGAAGCGGCAAAGACUCUGGGCACGACGCUGUGCCCGCGCAUGGAGGACGUGCCGCUGCUCGAGCCGCUGGUGUGCAAGAAGAUCGCUCACGAGAGACUCACUGUGUUAAUCUUCCUUGAGGACUGUCUGGUAACAGCCUGUCAGGAGGGUUUCGUUUGCACAUGGGCUAGGCCGGGGAAAGUGGGAUUGCUAUCAUCUCAAAACAACCCAGCCAACUCCCCCAGUGGAACAGUAGUAUAGCCCCAGUGCUGGUGCUGCUAAUGACAGCUCCAUGCAACAGAGACGGGGGGAUGACCAAGGCCAAGGCCCCUGCAGCGCUUCUUCACACACUGUCACACACCACAUGACCUCCAGUGUCACCUUCGUUCUCGUCACUACAACCACCCAGAUGCUCUCUUUGUGUUAUUGUUUAGACGUUGGCCAAGCCAGGGUUAGAAACUUGAUGCCCCUUGUGUCUGGGGGUAAAAAAAAAGGGUGCUAUUGGAAGUAAGAUGGCAAGCUUUAAAUCGUCCAGGAGGUUCAUGGGAGGGAUCGACUGGCUCGUUGUUCCGUCUGUGGUCAUAUCAAGUCGUGUCUAGUCUGAAACUCUAGUACCCAAUCCUUUGUGCCUGUAGAUCUUCAAAGACUAGACAUGCUGUGAGCAUUGUGGUGAUGCCUCAACCUUUUCUAUGGGUUUAAUUCGGACAUUUUUUCCUACGUUUUCGUUCUUCAAAUGCAGAUAAAGGGAAACAGAUGAGGGAUUGUGUCGCAGCAACGCCAAGUCUCUUUCAUUUCCCACCUCCUGGGCGAUCUCUUGUGCAGCCCCCGGUCCUCGACGCCUGUUCAAGAGAGCUUUUUACUUCCUUUACAAACGUUUGAAUCAAUGGUAUCACACUUUAAAGUGUAUUUGCACAGAUUUUCUUUUCACUCUUGUUUUCCCCAUUUUUGAAAUCAUGACGGUGGAACACAAGCAAAAGACAGCUCUGGAAGCACUUGGGGAAACGGCUCAUUAUUGCCCUCUGUCUCAACGCUGGAUGCUGCAAUCAUAGUUUUUUAUAUGGAAAAAAAAUUGUUUGCACUUAAUAGUUUGUUAGAGGAGAAUGGCUUUACAUUUUUGGAGUGUGUAAGGACUCCUUGACAAGGUUGAAAUAUAAAUAGAAUUUAAAAAAAAAACAUUUGUAUCUAUUGAACAUUUAUUUUAAUAUUGUUUCAGAUUACAUG